AUGUUUAACUGGAAUCUUCACAAACUUGAUGUUAUGGGCAAAACAGAUAUCACUGUGAACACAAGAGAUCGCCAACAACCUCCACAAAGGCAGGUGAUCAAUGCAACAAGUAAUUCAUAUUCUAUCAUGGUUAUAGAAAUUGGUAGCACUGAGAGUCUAAACAGUUUACAUGAACUGGUAACAGGAUAUUUUUCUUCACACACCAAUAUUCAAAUAUAUUUGGCCAUUAAGCUCUUUUCUCGUUAUCGGGAUUGCACAUUUGCAUUGCUUGUAUUGUUUUACAGAUGUGACCAACUGAAUCCAACUGUACCUUGUUUCGUAAAGUCUUUUGAGACUACAAAUCUUCAUAUUUCCAUAACAAGGUUUCUUUUGAAUAUUCUGAAUUUUUCAGCCAAUUAUCUUACUAGUGUUGGAUGUGGACAAGUCACUUGUGAUAGUCCUAAUCUGCCAGACUAUCAACUCGCUAUUCCUACUGACUUACUUUUUGACAAUGUUCCUACUGGCAUACCAAAUGAUACACCUGAUGAUUUUUUCUUAGAUUUAUGA